AUGGCGAGUGAGGUCACUGCGGACGCUGGUGAUUCCUCGUCCACGUUCCACGUCGAUGCCCUCUGUAGCCCAUACAGCGGCCCCCGCCGAGGUGUCUGCAUCAACUUGCCCGGCUCCUAUCACUGUAACUGCUCCCUUGGUUAUGCUGGACGCAACUGCCAGAUUAAGAACCUCACCCCACUGAACCCGGAUCCUAAUGCCCUGGGCUUGACCCAACUCCAUGUCUGCAUCAUCGUCAGCCUACUGGUCUUCCUUCUCAUUGCCGCUCUGACGACUCUCGUCCUGCUUACUUGUCGAUUUAAGCGCAAGGCAGCUGGCAUCUACCAGAGUGGUGCGCCCCUUCAUCAGCUUCACCACCAGCAGUUGUCCUGGGAAAAGGCCGGUCAAUCAAACGUCAUUCCUAUGGUGCUUUUGCCCGCCUCCCCCACACCCAGCUUUGUUGCAAACUCGCAGGGCAUGCUUAGCUACAUGCCUGCCUCCGUUUCGACUGUAAGACGCUUCGGUGGUCAGUCACCAGUCAACCCUGGCGGAGUAUUUGUCGAUCCGUCAACAGGAGUAAGUUAUACUGCAGUUCCGCAGUCGCAGUUGAUCCAUUCAAGCGGGCCAAUGUACGCUCGCCCGAGCUCUUCCAAUACCAUCGGGUCAGACCGGAUUUCGCUAGGCUCGGGCUCGGAUCGCUUCUCAGUGCACAGUGAGUCCCGACAGAAGCGGGAUCAAGUCCGGCUUGCGGCCUCGCCGGCCGCCGCCUACUAUGUUUAUCCCGUCGCGUCAGUAGAGUCCACCCAACCAUCACUGUCCGAACAACAGAUGUCGUCAAUUCCUAGUCCAACCCAACAACUGCGGCCUUUCCUUGCUGUCUCGCCCUCCACUGAAGUGCUCCCACGCCGUCCACAGCCCGCCAAUGUCGCGCAACGUACCAACCGGCGUGAGGGUGUCGUGGAUGCAUUAAAUUCCAGCCAAGUUGCUGCCGGUUAUGCUCCUUCCGGUAUGGCAUUACUUUAG